AUGUCGCGCUUUACAGCUGCCCAAAACGAAACUGAUGUGUGUUUGGAUCUCCUGAAGGAUCCAGUGACCAUUCCCUGUGGACACAGUUACUGUAUGAGCUGUAUUACAAACUGCUGGGAUCAGGAUGAUCAGAUGGGAAUCUACAGCUGCCCUCAAUGCAGACAAACCUUCACACCAAGACCUGUUUUAUUUAAAAAUGUGAUGUUUGCUGAAAUGGUGGAGGAACUGAAGAAGACAAAACUUCAGACUGCUGUUCCUGCUGACUCUUAUGCUGAAGCUGGAGAUGUGGAGUGUGACGCCUGUACUGAGAGAAAAUACAAAGCUGUCAAGUCCUGUCUGGAGUGUCUGAAGUCUUACUGUCAAAAUCAUCUUAAACAACAUGAGAAUCUCUUCAAUGACAGGAGGCAUCAUUUGAUGAAUCCCACCAGACAACUUCAUGAGAUGAUCUGCUCAAAACAUAAUAAACAACUAGAAAUCUACUGUCGCACCGACCAACACUGCAUUUGUUAUCUGUGUACGAUGGAUGAACAUAAAAACCAUGAUACUGUGACAGCUGUAGCAGAAAGAACUGAGAAACAGAGAGUUUUGGGAGAGCGACAGAUAAAAUUACAUCAGAUAAUUGAGGAGAGAGAGAAGGAGCUUCAGGAGCUGAGAGAGGCUGUGGACUCUCAUGCGCGCUCUGCACAGACAGCAGUGGAGGACAGUGAGAGGAUCUUUACUGAACUGAUCCGAUCCAUUAAGAGAAGACGAUCUGAGGUGACACAACUGAUCAGAGAUCAGGAAAAGACUGCAGUGAGUCGAGCUGAAGGAGUCAUGAAGCGUCUGGAGCAGGAGAUUGAUGAUCUGAGGAGAAGAGACGCUGAACUGGAGCAGUUUUCACAUACAGACAAUCACAUCCAUUUUCUACAGGGUUUUCAGUCUCUGUCUGCAGCUCUUGAGUCUUCAGUCUCACACAGAUUUACUCUCAGCUCUCUCCUCUCUUUUGAUGAUGUGAGAAAAUCUCUCUCUCAACUGAAAGACAAACUGGAGGAUUUCUGUAGUGAGGAGAUAGAGAAGAUAUCUGAUGAAGUUACAUAUAUCUCCGUUAUUUCUGCUGAACUGAAGAGCAGGGAGGAUUUCCUACAAUAUUUCAAGCAGUUCACACUGGAUUCAAACACAGUGAAUAAAUACAUUCAACUGUCUGAUGGGAACAAAACGGCUACUUACACUAACACAGUCCAUCAGUAUCCUGAUCAUCCAGACAGAUUUGAUCACUGGAGUCAGGUGUUGUGUAGAGAGAGUUUGUGUGAACGCUGUUACUGGGAGGUUGAAUGGAGUGGUAAGGUGGAUAUAUCAAUGUCAUAUAAGAGUAUAAACUGUAAGGGAUCGGGUUAUGAGUGUUUGUUUGGAUGUAAUGAUCAGUCCUGGAGUUUGUACUGUGAUGACUCCAGCUGCUCAUUCAGUCACAAUAGCAAACACACUAAACUCCCUGUAGUGUCGAGCUCCUGUAGAAUAGGAGUGUAUGUGGAUCACAGUAAAGGAUCUCUGUCCUUCUACAGCAUCUCUGAUACAAUGAACCUCAUACACAGAGUCAACACCACAUUCACUCAAACACUUUAUCCUGGGUUUUAUAUUUUUUCAGGUUCAGUGAAGUUAUGUAAUCCAGUAGUGUAGAUGACAAACAUUUCCCUGCCAAUGACGCUUUCCAGACGAGUUUUUAUGGUAAUCUAUAAUUCCGCUAUUAUCCACUAGAUUACCCAAUUUAUGAAAAAAAAACCUAAUGCAUAAAUUAAUUGUUUUGAUAAUCCAUGUAUGAUUUUAUAUUCAUUCUGAAGCUGAUCUCUAACAAAAUCUGAAAAUGAAGAAGUGAGUAUUAAACACACACAGCCCUGUAUCUAUAAAUGAUGUACUUCCUCUAGUACAGUGAUUAUAACUGAGUAAAGUGAGUGUAGGAACAAAUUUCAACCAACCGAAGGUGCUGAGACACCUGGAAUUGUACUUUCUUCUUCUUCUUAGCCAUGUGAGUCUAUGGCAGCUCUAUGAACCGUAUGUAGGAAAAUGAUGAAAUUUGGCACAGUUGUAGUGGUGGUCAUAAAUAGUCAUGUGGCCAAAAAUGGGGUCUCUAGCAGUAACUCUAUAGCGCCACCACCAGUGCAAAAAAUUAAUGUUCAAAUGGUUAUAACUGCAGAUCCGUUUGAUCUAUGAAAAUUCUAAUUAGUACACGUGAUUGCUCUCAUCACACUUAUAGUUUUUAAUACUGUACAGUAAGACUCCACCCAUUACAGUAGCGGCCAUUUUGAAAUGUACAGUAUUUCGUUUUUUCGCUACUUCUCCCUCAAAUUUGGUUAAAUUGUUAUGAAAUUUGGCACAGGUGAUCUUUGGAGUGAGCCGCAUAGAAAUGACUGAACAGAAUUUUGAGUUUUAUCUUAGUUCAAAAGUAAUAAAUGCGCAAACUUAACUAGGUUGACACAAAAAAUUGUUCUGAAGCUGUAUCUCGGUCACUCUUUGAUCAAUCGAAAUUAAAUUUGGUACACUUCAUGUCAACCAUAAACUGGGGGACCAUGCCAAAUUUGGUGACAGCGCCACCUAUGGGUCAUGAGAUAUGAAAAAAGGCUAUUUUUGCCCAUAACAACUGAAUUGUUUGUCAGAAAAUUAUGAUCGUGGUGUCUACGGAUUCCUUGGCUCAUGCCGCAUCUGUGGAUGUGUAUUAUGCCCGGGAUUGACCGGACCGCCUGUCUGCCAUUUUGAAAUUUGUCAUAAAUUGCUAUAACUUUUGAAGUAUUGGCUAUAUCGGUGAAAAAAUAGGUAGGGAGCUUCGGCAUGAUGUCCUGAAGGUACCUGGGAAGUCAGAGUACGGCGUCACCUAGGGGUUAUAAACUAUAACAGUUCUUAUAGAACUGCUUAUAACUUCUAAAUACUUUGUCUGAUAUUAAUUUUCUUUGUGAAAUUGUAUUCAUUGGUUUAUGCCGAUUGCAACAAUACCUCAUUUGUCAUUUUCUAACAUUCUGUUCAUGUGUUAUUGUAAGGCAUAUGGUAAAUGAAUUUUUGCUACUCCUUUUACAAAUUUUGUUUAUUUUAUGCCAGUUUCUGCUCGUAUAAUGUUUGGACUGAACGGAUUUUU